CGUUCUUUUCUCGUUCCUUCGCUCUUCCUCCAAGCUCAGGGCACGACGUCUGUGCACGAGGUCUCACAGGUAACUUCCAAAAAUGGGCUUUGGUGAUCUCAAAACACCCGCUGGACUCAAAGUUCUGAAUGAGUUUCUGACAGACAAAAGUUAUAUCGAGGGGUAUGUUCCCUCUCAGGCUGAUAUUGCAGUGUUUGAUGCCCUAUCUGGUGCCCCAUCAGCUGACCUCUGCCAUGCUUUGCGGUGGUACAACCACAUCAAGUCUUACCAGAAGGAGAAGGGCAGCCUUCCAGGUGUGAAGAAGCCUCUCGGUCAGUACGGCCCUGCUGGUGUGCAGGACACAACCGCGGCAGCUCCUGCAGCGGCCGAUGAAGACGACGAUGACAUCGAUCUGUUCGGUUCUGAUGAGGAAGAGGAUGAGGAAUCCAAAAAGAUCAAGGAGGAGAGGCUUGCAGCAUACAAUGCAAAGAAAGCAAAAAAGCCUGCACUUAUCGCCAAGUCUUCCAUCCUGUUGGACGUCAAGCCCUGGGAUGAUGAAACUGACAUGACCAAGCUUGAGGAGUGUGUCCGCAGCAUUCAGUUGGACGGUUUAGUCUGGGGACAAUCUAAAUUGUUGCCUGUCGGCUACGGCAUCAAGAAGCUGCAGAUUGCCUGUGUCGUGGAGGAUGAUAAAGUUGGAACAGACCAGCUGGAGGAACUGAUCACAGCCUUUGAGGACUAUGUACAGUCAAUGGAUGUCGCAGCCUUCAACAAGAUCUAAAACCCCGCCACACAAAGCAUUAAGCCAAUAAAAGCACUUCAAAUGCA